GAUCCUGCAAAGGGCCUAUUUUGCAAAGUAACACUCUUGAUUCAUUGGAAACAAAAGUUGUGUUCCUUGAAGGCAACGGUUUCUCGAUGGCUAUAAGUCUGGAAUCAGAUGCCGAUAAUUGCAAGCUGCACAACUCGUAUGACGUGCAAGGUUGUAUUCUGGCCGGAGUCAGCCUUGUACUUGGAACUACUGUUUGCUUUUAUGGAUACCGGUUAUUCAAAUUUAUCCUCUUCCUCUCUGGUUUCCUGGUGGCAUUUUUCCUCACUUAUGUAUUGUGUAAUGAAUACCUCACUGAUAAGCUGUCUGGAAAAACUCUGGAGUAUAGACACCANAAAUGUAGAGGAACUUGCAUUGUGUCUCUCUUUUGUAGCCAGGAUUUUUGUAAUACGUUAUAUUUUGCAGGCCAUUAUAACAAGUCCAUGCUGCCUCACUGCUGGUACACAUGGUUGGUUGUGUCACUGAUUCCAAUCAUGUUCAUUGCUGGCAUGGUGGUGCAGUUUCUCAAGACUGGAAAAGACCAUGAUCAUAGACAAGCUUAUGGAAAAGGCCCAACUGCUGUCCGGGUUGCAACUCCUAUGAGAGAUUUCUCAGACCAGCAACCAAUUUUAACAGACUAUGACUAGUUAUUGCCUGGAGAUGAAAGAUUUGUGUUCAAAACUUCAAAACAGUAAAUAGUUGAGAAUGUGCAAGGUGUAUGUGCCACUUGGAGAUGUGCCACACCCUAGAUUUUUGAGAACUUUUUAGUCAAGUAAAUGCCGAAAAUUUAGCUUUCGGAUUGUGUGACUUUAUAAAAAAGGUGACCUGAGUAAGCUGUCACAUAGGUGAAAAUGUUACUUAUCUUUGUGUUUUUGUUAUUUUGUAACAGUCCUUGAAUUAGAUCAAUUUCAAUGUGCUGGAGUUCUAGAGUGAGAAAAAUAAUACAGGAAUAUGAAGUAAAACAGUUCCAAAGUUCCAAACAUCCUAGGAACACAAAAUAGAAAGUUGAAUUCCACAAUAAACCAUGGAAACUGAGCUGUGUA